UCCUAGUUACACCAUUCUCAAAUACACAAAAAAGAAAACAAUAAUCCAAUCAGCCUUAGAACCCAAAUCUUCUCAAUGGGGAGCCAAAUGAAGAAUCAAUGGCAUAAAUUUGCUUGUGCUUGGGCAUUUUUCUUGAUUGCCACUUGCACUAUGGCAUAUUCUCCUGAUUCUUAUAAAUCACCAGUUCCAUCAUAUAAUCAAGUACCAGUGUCAAAAGACAAUUACGAAGUGCCACAAGUGUCCAAGAACGAUUACAAGGUACCCUCGGUGUCUAAAGAAGAAUACAAGGCACCAUCUUUGCCAAAGAAUAACUACUACACGAAGCCAUCAGUUGCAAAAGAUAACUACAAGAAGGUGACAUCUGUUCCAAAAGAUAACUAUUACAAGGCAUCCACAGUGCCUAAACCGGAAUACAAGGCGCCAUCUUUGCCAAAGAAUGAGUACAACAAGAAACCAUCAGUUCCCGAAUAUAACUACAAGAAGGUGCCAUCUCUUCCAAAAAACAACUAUUACAAGGUGCCGUCAGUGGCUAAACAAGAAUACAAGGCGCCAUCUUUGCCAAAGAAUGACUACUAUAAGAAACCAUCAGUUUACAAGGCAUCCUCAAAGCCUAAACAGGAAUACAAUGUGCCAUCUGUACCAAAGAAUGACUACUACAAAAAGCCAUCAGUUCCAAAGAAUAACUACAAGGUGCUAUCUGUUCCAAAGGAUAACUACUAUAGGGUACCCUCAGUUCCUAAACCGGAAUACCAGGUGCCAUCCGUACCAAAGAAUGGAUACUACAAAAAGCCAUCAGUGCCAAAGAAUAACUACAAGGUGCCUUCUGUUCCAAAGGAUAAAUACUAUAAGGUACCCUCAGUGCCUAAAUCGGAAUACCAGGUGCCAUUUGUAUCAAAGAAUGAUUACUACAAAAAGCCAUCAGUUCCAAAGCCUGAGUAUUACAAAGAACCAUCCGUUCCAAAACCUGACUAUUACAAGAUACCCUCAAUGCCUAAACAAGAAUACAAAGUAUCAUCUUUACCCAAGAAUGACUACUACAAGAAACCUUCAACUUCUCCUCCACCGCCAUACUACUACAAUUCGCCCUCUCCUCCUUCACCAUCACCCCCGCCUCCUUACUCUUAUCAAUCAUCUUCAAUCCCUUCUCCAUCACCACCUCCUCCAUAUUAUUAAAUUCCCAUUUUUCAUGUUCAACAUGUAUCAAGAAGGCCAUUUUCCAACACAACAUAAUCUCAAGGGUCUUGAGUUGAAGGCACGAUAUCAAAAAAUUUAAUAUAAUUUGUUGUUUCUUUCUUUUCCUUAUUCGGUUGGCAAUUGUUUUGUCAUUUAAAUUGUAUUUUUGAAUGUUUCCAGAGAAUUGUUUCAGUUGAAUACAAGUUCCUUUUAUGUAUUUUCACCUA